AGCUCAAGUGCACUGCUACAUCGGACGCCAUGGUGCCCAUGAAGGUUCGGCUCACGGGGCUCAUCAACCAGUCCCCGCAGUAUGUGAUCGACCAAGCGCGCGCACCCAUCCAGUUCGUGGCCUCCAAGAAGGACUUCUCCUACUGCGCCGAGCGCUUGCGCAGCGCGCAGCUCAUGGGUCUCGACACGGAGACGCGCCCUACCUGGGGCAAGACCCGCGGCCCCAACCCGUGCGCGCUGCUGCAGAUCGCGGUGCGCGACGCCAGCCACACGGAGGAGGUUUUCAUCCUCGACCUGCGCCGCCUGCCCGCCACCGUCUACAACAGCACGCUCACCAGCGUCUUCCUGUCCAAGAAGAUCAUCAAGCUGGGCCAGAGCUUCCUCCAGGACUUGAAAGAGCUCGCGCAGUCCUACCCGCAGGCGUCCUGCUUCACAGUCUGCAAGGGCGUCGUGGAGGUCAACGACCUGUCCAUCGCGCUGGCGGGCGCGCACAACCCGCUGAGUCUGCAGAAGCUCGUGUUCUUCUACCUGCACCGGAAGCUCGCCAAGACGCAGCAGAUGUCCAACUGGGAGCGGAGACCGCUGACGGCCAGUCAGCUGCACUACGCUGCCGCGGACGCCCUCGUGCUCAUUCACCUGUACGACGAGCUACUGAUGCGGAUCAGCAAGAAGCAGCAAGGCUUCGAGUUGAGUGAAGUGACGAAUGUGCUUGAUAUCAACUUGCCACGGACGCCCAAGUGCUCGCUAUGCUUCGAAGUCUUCGACACUGCGGCUGAACUGAAGAAACAUCGCAAGAUCUGCACUGUGGACGUGCGCAUGCUGGUGAUCUGCGCUGUCUGCGAAGGGAAGAAACUCGUGACGGAGAAGGCGAUGGAGCACCACGAGAAGCACUGUGGAGUGGACGAGGAGACUGUGGAGCCUAUUGUGCAGGUCAAGAGGAAGCGCUCGCUCUCCAUGGAGAGCCGAAGCAGUUCUACCAAGACGCAUAAGUCCAUUAGCGGCAAAAAGCGCCGUCUCGGAGCAUCAGACGCAAAACGCCGUAAAGCGCUGAAGGCGAAGUUGAGAAGGAAGAAGAAAGCCCUAAAGGCCAAACUUUCUGCUACCCAGGCUGAACCUCAAGAGUCUGAAGCACCAAGCUGUCGCGAUCAAGCGUACAAGAAGCGGAAAAUGAGCAUGGAGUCGUCACUCUUGGCGUCCGAUGCCAUGUGGUCUCAGAUUUCGAGCGACUGCUCCAGUACCAGCGCCGCGUAG